GCCGAUUCUGCGUACAUUCUAAGAGCUUCAACUCAUCUCCCGUGGCUGAUUCUACUAUAAUAGUGCCAAUGGCACAUGGAAGAAAAGUUGAGAAUCUGAGAGCCUCUAUGGUGAAACUAGCGAAUUCGAGAGGGUUAUUGCUUCCUGAGAGUAGACUCUUCGAACAGAGAUUGUUGGACAUGUGUUUAUCACGUGCUCCUGAUCAUCCUACUUACUCUGCUAUGAUUUUUAUUGCUAUCACGGAGUUGAAUGAAGAAGGUGGCUCUUGCGAAGAAGCGAUAUCAGAGUUUAUAAAGUCUAGGUAUGAGAGCUUGCCGUUUGCUCACACGAGUUUGCUUAGUCAUCAUUUGGCUAAGCUUGUGGAGAAAAGAGAGAUACUUUGUGACUACAGCAACUAUUGUUAUACUCUUCCGGGAUUGAAGAAGACUGCUUCUUCUAAUGAUACUGAAAGAAAGGGGGUUGAGAUGUUGUUAAGAACGAAUGAUCAGUGUAUGGCAGAUGAGGUAAGGAGUGUUGAAACUUUGAAGUCUGGGAAUCAUGAGGUUGGUUUGUUGGAAGAACGGAGUUUGACUGAAUCAAGAGCCAGUCCCAAACGUAAAGCAUGUGGUGACAUUAACGUUACUGAAGUAAGUGACACUGGAGGCAAAGCAUGUUUGAGUAUGACGAUUGUUAAAACUUGUAGUAAAGAGGGACUUGCUGUAGAACCAGAAGCGGCUCUUGAAAAAAGUGGGAGUGAAGGUAGGAUUGAAGCAAACAGUGAGGGACAUGAGUUAGUUGUUCUGGAUGAGCAAAAUGAUGUUCUGAUGGAAGAGUCAUGUAAAGGAGAAGAAAACCUAAGGGAAACAAACUCAAAACAAGGAAAUCCGAAAAAGCAUAGAACAUCUGACAUGGUGAAGGAAGCAUGUGUGGAAGCGAUGAGUGUAGCAUAUAAAACACUUUGGGAAAGUCAAACCGAAGCAUGCAGUAAUAUCAUUGCUCUAGAGAAAAUGCUGAAGCAGUGCAGAGAGAAAGACCAGCAGAAGAAAGCUGUCUCAGAGAUUGAUGUUUCUCAUUUGCCUUUGUCUAUGGAAAGCUGCAAAGAACUGAGGAAGCUUACCCAAAAGAUAGAAAGCCAGCUCUCUGAGAUCAUCAGCUCCUUUGAUAAACCCGUGGUUCCAUGUUGUGAAUACCGAGGAUGUGAAACCGAAAAUAUAAAAAGCAAAGAAGUCUUUCACGAGACUCCAAUGAAGACCUCCAAACAGCAUGAACAAAAGGAAAGAGAGAUUGUUUCUCAAAAGAAACCACGGGCCAAGAAGGCCAGAAUCAAAAGACUUCAAGACAUAGUGUUGAGGAAAUCCCCUCGCAUGCAUAAUAAGCCAAUAUAAAGAUUCUGAAACAAAACUUCUGGUUUUGGAAAGAAAGAGCUCUUAAUAAAGGUUAGGCUAUCAUAUCUUUAUAUCAGUAUCUACAACAUCUUGAAGAAUCUGUAUAUUUUUUCAUAUAAAAUUUAUGAUAAAGUUACAAGAAUUUGUCUACAGAUGAGACAUUGAUGCUAAAAGAACUAUCAACACUCUAGAAUCAUUUUUAAACUACUAAGAAACAAAGAUGAUCAUGAACCUCUCUCUAGGACAUCACGACACAGGUUUUAUUACCCCUGUGGAGCAAAACUCCAAUUCAAGAAUGGUUUCUGCUCGUGAGGAUCCUGGAAAGGGCUGAAAUAAUCAGGCUGGUACAAGUACUGAGGAACAAAACCAUCACUCUGCAACAAGUCCAUG